AUGAAGCCAGAGGGCAAGGCUGAAGUGAGUCAUUUAAAUGCUGCAACUCAGAGAUUCACUCAGAAGACUGGACUCAAUUCUGAAGGUCGCCCAGAAGGAGAGAACAAUGUCCUCUUUACCUCCUGCACCUCUCACUUACUCUCAAUACUCUGGCAGGUGCCAUACAAACUGCCUGUGUCUUUGUCUGUUGGUUCCUGCGUGAUAAUCAAAGGGACACCAAUCGACUCUUUUAUCAACGACCCACAGCUGCAGGUGGAUUUCUACACUGACAUGGAUGAGGACUCAGAUAUUGCCUUCCGUUUCCGAGUGCACUUUGGCAAUCACGUGGUCAUGAACAGGCGUGAGUUUGGGAUAUGGAUGUUGGAGGAGACAACAGAUUAUGUGCCCUUUGAGGAUGGCAAACCGUUUGAGCUGUGCAUCUCCGUUUACAAUGAAUACCAGAUAAAGGUCAAUGGCAUACGCAUUUAUGGCUUUGUCCAUCGAAUCCCGCCAUCAUUUGUGAAGAUGAUGCAAGUGUCCAGAGAUGUCUCCCUGACCUCAGUGUGUGUCUGCAAUUGAGGGAGAUGAUCACACUCCCUCAUGUGAAGAAUCCCUCUUGUUGAAGAAUCCCUCUUUCUACCUGACCAUGGGAUUCCCAGAGCCUGCUAACAGAAUAAUUCCUCCUCACAAUUUCCCCUCCACUUGGUCAUUAAAAUAGCACGAA